AUGAACAAAGAGAUUAUGGGAAACACCCAUAAAGCUUUGUGUUCUAAUAAGGUCAAGGCGAGGGAUGAUUUGGUUCUUCAUGAGCCAAAAGAUGAUCCUCGAAAUUGGGGCUAUUAUUCGGAUGGGGAAUCUCUCCUCUCUCAUGUCUUGGAAGGUUGGGAGGUAUUCAAUGAGCGUAGCAAGGAAUUAAAGAAAAAGUUUGAGAGAGGAAAAAGAUCAAUAAGGGCUUCUCUGGUGCCUUCUUCAAUAGUGUCACAUCUGUUUCUUCUCAUGUUCUAA